AUGUUGGAAUGCAUAAGAAGCGUUGUACAAAAAUGGGUUUGGACUAAUGGAAAUGAGGCGAAUGGAACCUUUACAGCGAUAUCAUCAGAAGCUGAAGCUGUAUUGAGAGAGAACUAUCUAAAAUCUACUAAAUUUGAGGUGAGACAAUGCAACACUAUUUUUUCAGAAGUGAUUGAAGAAAGAGGAACUUAUAUAGUCAAUAUUCAAGAGAAAACAUGCACAUGUAGAAGGUUUCAAGAAGAUGAAGUACCAUGUUCACAUGCACUUGCUGUCAUUGCAAAAAAAAGGCUAAAUUGCUAUGAGUUUUGUUCUGCUUACUACAAAACUGAAACAAUGAAAGCAACUUAUGCAGAAACAGUUUAUCCUUUGCCACAUGAGGAUGAAUGGAGUCUACCAGAAGAAUUGGACAUACUUGUCCUACCUCCAAAAGGAAAAAUUCCUCCCGGUAGACCAAGGAGGAGAAGGAUAAGAGCACGGGGAGAGCCAAGAAUGGUUAUGAAGUGUGGACGAUGUGGCAAAUCAGGUCAUAAUAGAAAAACGUGCAGAAACCCACCUAUGGAGAAGCCACACAAGCCAAGAGAAUGAUUCAUUUACUUUUACUUAAGGAUGUUGCUCGUUAUAUUCAUUCAUAAAAAAGGAACAAGUUACUA